ACAUACUCAUAUUCUAAAAUUUGUAUUAAGAAAAAUAGCAUAAUAAAUGCUCUUUGAAGUGGCUUACUUCAACUUCAAAUUAAUUUCAUUUCUCUCAGAAAAAUGAGAGGAGAGAAAACAUUCUCCUCCUUUCUUCCACUAUUCCUUAUCUCCAUUUCAUUCUUUAUCUUCAUUUCUCAAACAACAGCUACAAAUUAUUACCCAAUUAAUGUCUGGCCCAAGCCCACAACAUUCCAUUGGCCCAACCCAAAAUCCAUCUUCAUCUCCCCAAACUUCACCAUCUCCCACCCAUACCACCGUUACCUCACUCCCGCCGUUGACCGUUACCGCCGACUCAUCCUCUCCGAGAACCACCGUCCCAUCGUCUCUCCGGCGAUCAACCUGACUUCAUUAAUUCCGUUACAAAGCCUCAUUAUCUCCGUCUCCGAUGUCACUUCACCGCUCGCUCACGGAGUCAACGAAUCCUACUCUCUCUCCACGUCUUCCGACGUCUCCUCCUCCGCCUACGCCUACAUCACUGCGGAGACCGUAUGGGGAGCUAUGCGAGGGCUGGAGACAUUCUCACAACUCGUGUACGGAAACCCUACCAGAGUCGCGGCCGGCGUGUACAUACACGAUCUGCCGAUUUUCACACACCGAGGUGUGAUGUUGGACACUUCGAGAAACUUCUACGGAGUCGAUCACGUGUUAAGGCUUAUUAAAGCUCUGAGUAUGAACAAAUUGAACGUUUUCCACUGGCACAUAACUGAUUCACAUUCAUUUCCGCUUGUGAUUCCAUCGGAGCCGGAGCUCGCUGGAAAAGGAGCGUACGGCAAUGAGAUGAUGUACUCGCCGGCGGACGUGCAGAAGAUCGUGGAAUAUGGCCUGGAGCGUGGAGUUAGGGUUUUACCUGAAAUUGACAUGCCUGCACAUACAGGAUCUUGGGCUGAAGCUUACCCUGAGAUAGUCACUUGUGCAAAUAUGUUCUGGUGGCCCGCUGGAAGUAGUCCAGCUCUUGCAGCUGAACCAGGAACUGGUCAACUGAACCCCUUGAUUCCCAAGACCUAUGAAGUAGUCAAGAAUGUCAUUCAGGACACUAUCGCGAUGUUUCCAGAUUCACUCUUUCACGGGGGAGCAGAUGAGAUCAAUUCAGCCUGUUGGAAUACUGAUCCAUCAGUCCAAAAGUUUGUUGCUAGCAAUGGAACUCUCAGUCAGCUACUCGAGAAGUUUAUCAAUAAUACUUUACCUGAAAUCAUCUCACUCAACCGUACGGUGGUCUACUGGGAGGAUGUUAUAUUGAGUGGUAAUGUGAAAGUGAAUCCAUCUCUGCUUUCUCCACAGAAUGUUAUUAUGCAAACUUGGAAUGGUGGCCCAACGAAUACAAAGCAGCUUGUCACUUCUGGCUACCGUGUCAUUGUGUCAUCUGCAGAUUACUAUUACUUGGAUUGUGGCCAUGGAAGCUUCGUUGGGAAUGACAGCCGCUAUGAUCAGCCACCAGGUACUGACCAAGGCAAUGGUGGAUCCUGGUGUGGGCCUUUCAAGACCUGGGAAACCAUUUACAACUAUGAUAUAACCUAUGGCCUGACUGAUGACGAGGCUCAAUUGGUAAUUGGAGGGGAAGUAGCAUUAUGGUCUGAACAAGCUGAUUCAACUGUUAUGGACUCAAGAAUUUGGCCAAGAGCAUCAGCAAUGGCAGAAACCUUGUGGUCAGGGAAUCGCGAUGAAACAGGAAUGAAGAGAUACGCAGAGGCUACUGAUCGAUUGAAUGAAUGGAGGUACAGAAUGGUUUCUAGGGGAAUAGGUGCUGAACCGAUUCAACCACUUUGGUGUCUCAAAAAUCCAGGCAUGUGUAACACAGUUCAUCCAUUUACUAGCUGAUUCUUCGUCAGUGUAUGUACUGGUCUCGUUUUUCAGUUUGUUUUCCACUUCCUCUCAGGUUUAAUUUUCAUUCAAAACUGAAAAGGGGGUCAUUUAUCUGUAUUAUCUUCUAUAUUCAGAUCCAAUUUCUUAUUGUAAUGUUACCUCCUAUUGUCACCAUAUUACCAAGAUCUUACUAAGCAAAUGAAUUUGGAAAUUUCUUA